GUGCAGCCAGCUGGAACUACUUCCUUGAUACCCCGACUAUCAAAACAUUUGUGCGCAAUGGGAGAGUCCGCGUCUUCGGAAAUUCAUUUUCUAAUGUAAAAUUUGGCGUCAGUUAUCAGGAAACCUCCGCGAACAUCGUCUCCUUCGCAAUGCUUCAGCUGAACGACACGGUGGAGCCGGACAGCCCGGGAGCUGCGGUUCUCCUCCCCGCAGAGACCGAGGAGGGGGUCGAGGUUGCCUUCACGCCGCCGGAGGCCGUCGGACGGAGCUUCGGACACGCAGCCUCCGUGGCCUGCUGCCCCCCGUUACAAACGCUCACGCCGUUUCAUGUGCACAACCCCACGAUGCAAGCGAAAGUCAAGGACUACUUCGUGUUUAGGCCAGGUACCAUCGAGCAGGCUGUGAACGACAUCCGGACGGUGGCGCUCCCAUCUGAGGACGGGGAGGUGCUCAGCGUCUGGCUGCUGACAGAAGUGGACCAUUGGAACAAUGAGAAGGAGAGACUUGUUCUAAUAACGGACAGGUCUCUGCUGGUGUGCAAGUACGACUUUAUUAACCUGCUGUGUCAGCAAGUUGUCAGGAUAUCCCUGAACUCCGUAGACACCAUCUCUGUGGGUGAAUUUGAAUUCCCACCAAAAUCUCUUAACAAAAGAGAGGGCUAUGGGAUUCGCGUUCAGUGGGACAGACGUCCUCGGGCUUCGUUCUUUAACCGUUGGAACCCUUGGUCCACAGAUGUGCCCUACUCCACCUUCACAGAGCACCCUAUGGCCCGCGCUGAUGAGAAAGUGGCCUCCCUCUGCCAGCUGGACAGCUUCAAAACCCAGCUGAUACAGGCAGUGAAGAAAGCCCAUAAGGAGUACCCCAUCCCCGGUCGGGCCAACGGCGUCUUGAUCUUGGAAAGACCCCUGCUCAUCGAGACCUAUCUGGGCAUAAUGUCGUUCAUCAACAACGAGGCAAAGCUGGGCUACUCCAUGACCCGUGGCAAAAUCGGCUUCUAAAUUAUUUGGUUUCUUAAGCGAUUGUCCUGUGUAUCUUUGUUACACAGCGCUGUCUGAGGGAAGCUAUAGCGCAAUGUGCAGCUUGUAUGUGUGUGUGUUUAAGUCCAGCCCAUAACAUGUCCACACUUCCUCAAUUUGGUUUUGCAGACAAACGGUCGGCCUGCGGCAGGUAAAAGACGGGCAGCUCUGUAAUGACUGCCGCUUCAUUUUAUUAACAGCUUUCCAUCAACAAUCUGCACACAGAUCCGCCACACUCCACCCUCUGCAGCUUUUAUCUGCAGCAUUAAACUAUGAAACCAUGUUAGGCAAACCAUGUUUUUUUUUACAUCAUUGUAAUUUGAGAAUAAAUCUCUAUGCCAAAGAACUUUUAAAACCUCCAAAGUGUUACACAAAACAUACUGGUAUAAUCUAAGGCUCAGCUAUGACUGGACAUUUGUCGUAGACAUACACAUUUAUAUCCAAUUUAAAAAGUUUCUAACUGUUUUUUUUUAUAUUAUCAAAGACCAAAACUGAGGAUAGUUUGGAAAACAAAUGUUUGUCCAUUACCCAUUUUUCUUAUUUCUAUAGUUAUCCAGACCUGACAAAUCACAGAAAGAAAAUUCUGAACUUUUGAAGACUGAAUAGGAACCCUGAAGAUCAUUGAGAGAUUUAGCAAAAAUAAGAAAGAUUAGAACAGCAGACACAAUGCAAAGAGUAUUUUAGAUAUUGAGACAACAUGGGUGUGUAUCUUUAAGAAAACCAGCUAUCAAUGAAACAAAAUGAAUUACAGUUGUUGUGGGGCAAUAGAAAGACUUCAUGUGGUCAGAUUACUUUGUUCCAGAGUGGUCGGCGUUAAAGGAAAUGAGCGUUCAGGGAAAGACACACUCAUGUCUGGUGUGUAAACCUUAAUGGCACAGCGAUUUGGAAUUGGUUGUUUGUCAGGUCCAGGUUUAUCAAUGGUAUGUUCCAAAAACAUGAGACCAACUGCCAACCAUGACAUCCUGAAUGGCCGGGUUUUUACCUUCACCGAUUAGUUUUUGACCUUAUGGUACAGGUAUAUUCCUAGAUGGUAAUAAUUUGGAUUCAUCGAGCCUUAAAUUGUGAAGAAAAUUUGAUUCAGGGAGCAUAAAAUACCAUUUUCUAACCAACGUUGUCGAACACAGAAUCUAGACUUUAUCCCUAAUUAGAAUUCUUGAGAUGUGCCUGAGAAGAGUGAGGGGCCAAGUCCUCCUUUAUUCAAAUAUCAUUUUAUUUUUUUUAACCAGACGAAGUUACAACACAUUGCCAUUUUAAGCAAAGCUAAAGCGUCGUCGCAUGGCACAUUUUUCUGUCCUUCUGCAUGGUCCUUGCACGCUGACUUUGCAUGAUUUUUUGUUUGUUAGACAGUACUCUCGUGUAGUGGUAAAUAUCUGCAUUUGUAAAUUUAAAAUAUUGUAUGAACGCCAAUACAAAAGUAUGUCUUAUGUAUACGUCCCAUUGAAAAAUUUAAUAUAUAAAAGGAUUGUCUUAUUAAAAUUGUUUUGAAGCUUU